AAAUCUCUCACCCUUCAUCUCUUUCGCCCUCACCAUUUUCCGCCAUCUGCAUCCACAUCUUUCUCCGUCCAAUUCUUUCUACUUCUUCACGUUUCCAUCUUCUCUCUACCCCGUCAGGUCAAUCUCUGCCGAAUUCUUCAACUCGCCUUCAACCCCUUUCCAUCUUCUUUCUUCCCCAUCCGGCCUUCAUAUCAAUUUCUCGAUCUCCACUGUCUCCUUCCAACGAUGUAGACCCGCCUUCAUCCUGGUCGAUCGUGCGCCAUCUCCAUCCAGAUAUAUGAUGAUCUUCAAUAAGAGCAAAUUCAACCAAACAACAGUCAAGGGUGCACCAGAUCACACUAUUUUAUGUUUCAAAUUAGAAGAGCAUAAUUGAUUACGCUUGAUUGAAAGAGGUGAUUACUUGAUUCAAAAUUUCUUCUUGAAUCUAACAUGGUAAGUAAAAUCAUACCCGUAGUAUAUGAUUUACAUAAUACACUGAUAGAGGAGCCAUUUAGUUGCUAGAGUUUUACUUGAGAUGCUAAAAACGUACUUGUGUUUUAUGCAAAUGUUUCUCUGUGAACAUUGUCUACCUCAGAGUAGCUACGCUAUUGAAAUUUCCAAUGACUACAAGGUAAGUUAAAAACAUAUAUUUUUUCUCUACUCUUUUGUUGUGAUUUGGUCCUUAUUCCUGCAGUUUCAUUUUUUCCAUUUAUGGAGGAGCCUUCAUGAGUUUUGUUUUUAUCCAUUUAAAGUAUGUUUUUAGUUUCAUUUCAUAUAUAUUAAAUUGCUUUUGUUCACUUAUCCAAGAAUGUAAUUUUAAUGGUGUGCAAGUUAAUAUUGAACUAUCACUCCUUUAUAUUCUUUGAUUUGCACACAAUAUGUUUUGCAUAUAUAUGAAAAGAAUACUAAGGAUCUUUAAACUGAUUUGCUUUGAUUCCGUUUGAUCAGUUUUGAGCAAUACAAUUCACAAUUCACAAACGUAUUUAUUUUUCUUAUUGGGUGAACACCAAUAUACUUUUUGAUGGAUAGUCUACCCGGGGGGUAUAUAUCCGAGGGGUUAUUGCUGGGAAUAACUUAGAGAGAAGUCAGAGCAAGUAAAUGUAGAGAGAGAGUGUAUUAUAAAUGUGGAGCGUUUUCAGCGUGGUUACAAAUGGGGAAAUGUGGUGCUAUUUAUAGUAGCAAUAAAUGCCGGGCAGGGACACGUGUCAAGGGCCUAUUGGCCGAGGGGUCACCUCAACUGGUUGGCGUUGGCAGCCGCAUGUGGCCGCAUUUAAUGCGGCUGUUGGAUGGGACGUCUGUACAGGGUACGGUGAUCUGUACGCAUGUGAGGCGGAUAUCAUGUCGGGAGAGGUCCCCUCGGCUGCAGAGGACUAGCCGAGGGCUCUUAGUGCCGAGGACCCCUCAGUGCCGAGGGCUCCAGGUGCCGAGGGCUACUGUUUUGGCCGUUUUCUCCCAGUUUCUUAGUUUGCCUGGAAAACCCAUUCUGUGAGAGUUUAGAGCCUUCGGCCAGGGGGGCGAGGGCACCCCUGGUGCGUAUUGCGGGCUGCUUGGUACUCUGGGCGCCGUGAUUUGAGCCUGAUGGGCCUCCUGGGCCUGUUGGGCCUUCAUUGGUGUAGUAGGAGUCUGUGGGCCGGGUGUUCCCGGGCCAUAUACUCCAUCAGGAGUCCCUCACUCCUUUUGCCGAAAGGUAUUUGAGGGAAAAGGAGUAAUUUAAGCUUGUCCUUUGAUGUUGUCCUGUCGUGAUCUCUGAAGUUGGUGAGGAGUUGUUGCUUUUAUGUCCCUGCCGAAGGCAGUCCCUCAGUUACCCACAUGUCGGGACUUGAGGGCUUGCUUUGUCGUUUGUUGGAAUUUCACUAAUUUUGUAAUUUAAUGAUUUUCCCGAGGGGGUCCUCCAGUCCCCCACUCCUUGAGGCACUUGUAAAGUGGUAAAAAGGAGUAGAGUAGUUGCGUUGCUGUUAUGGGCCGAAGGCUGACGCUUUUCGUUUCAUUUUGGGGGGAUGCCUCGUUAAAAACCUCAUUAGAAAAAACCCUGUGGGAAAAAAUCCUAAUGAGGGAAAAAGAGUGCACCGGAUUCCCCCAAUGAUGAAUCGAAAAUGUCAAACCUUGGUCAAAAAUGGAGAAUAACGGUAAUGCCGAGGGCUCUUCUUCUUCUGAGGGCUCAUGUGUUGAUUAGCCGAAGGCUUGCUGUUGAUGUCCUGGGGGUGCCGAAGGGGAGCCCCUCAAUCCGGGGAUCGAGGGCCUGCUGGAUGAGGGCAGCAGUGGAGUUGUUACCGGGGGGUCCACUGUUUGUUGAUUAGUUGGUGAUGAAGAUACCCGAGGGCUCCCAUUACCUGUGUGCCAUGGGUUAUCCGUCAAUGAGGCAACUCCCCGGGGGCUACCCGGUUUUGCAGUGCUGAGGGGGAAUCCCCGAGGGGUGCCCUGAUAUGAAGCCCUGGGUUUCUGAAGGAGUGAUCCCGAAGGCGUCUGUUAUGUGCUGUGUGGGGCACAACCCGGGGGCGUCUCUGGUAAGUGUACCCGGAGGCUCUCCUUGACGAAGUGGAGUGAAGUAGAAAACCCGGGGGCUUCCAGAAUAUAGCCGUUGGAAAUAUAGCCGUUGGAAUAUGUAACGUCAGGAUAUAGCCGUUGGGGGGGUACACGUGGUGCGUGACGGUUGGCUGCCCGUGGGCGGCGUCACCGGUUGGGUAAAAACACGGUGCGUAAUGAUGACGGUCCGUCCGGAGGCCCGGUUUCCGGGCCCAAGCCCGGAUUCCAGCGCCUAUAAAUACCCCAAGGCCAGGCAUUCCUCCGUGUGCGAAAACCUUGUUAGCGAAGCUCUGCCAAUUUUUCUAGAGAGAGAAACAUCAGCCCUCGGUUGAAUCCUCUGUUCCUAAGGUCAGUUCUCCACUUGCCCUUCACCUCUUAGCUACCUGUAUUGUGCCCUUAGGCUAGGAGAUAGAAUAUUUAGAAAACACUAGCGUCUACGAGCCUUCGAACUAGAGUCAGAAUGUCGUCCCAGAGUGAUUCUCAAGAUAUCUCGGGGGCGCCCUCGAUGGAGGAUGAAGUCCUCUCGGACGUGGAGUCCUCAAGUGCACAGUCUUCGGUGGGACAGGAUGUCGUCGUUGCCCUGGAGUUGCAGAAAGCCCUCGUAGCUGAGGCGGAAGCCGAGGGCUUCGAGCAAGAAUGUGAGGACGAAGAGUUGGCCCUCGCCUGGCAAGCAGCUGAAGAGGAGGCACAAAGAGAAAGCGUGAGGGUCACCGUUGCUGUGCUCCCCCCUCGGGGUGCCGGUGAGGCCAGCACCUCUCGGCCGCUGAAUGCGGUCCCCAUCCGGGUGGCCCCCGGAAAGAAGAAGGCCAAGGCCGUUGCUCCCAAGAAGAAGGGCAGCGUAGCAGACCAAGGGAAGCCCCUCGAUAUGCCCUAGGGGUAUUCAUAUUUGAACACCGCCGCCUUGGAGAUAAGGUCGAAGGCUGAUGCGGCGGACAUCUACGUCACUCAACUACACGUGGGCCCCUCGGCCAUCGUGGUGACACCGGGUCCAGAUGACGUCCUCUCCCGGGCUCCCGAGGGCUGUAUAGCGGUGCAUGUUCUCUCGGUGUCCAUGGGGCUCCGCUUCCCCCUGCACCCUUUCCUCCGGGAGUACCUUCGGUUCGAGAGUCUGGUCCCCUGCCAGCUGACCCCGAAUAGCCAUUCCUAUAUCACUGGCUUCCUCCAGUUCUGCAAGUCCCGGGGGGUGACGCCUAGCCUGGACCUCUUCUUCCAGAGCUUUAAUUUGUUCCGGGGGGGGGGGGGGGGGGGGCACGCGAAUGCCGAGGGCUUCGCCAACUUACAACAGGUGGCCCUCUUCAAGCUCUUUACCGAGACGCCCUCCUCGAACAAAGGGUGGAAAGACCGGUGGUGCUACGUGAGGCUGACCGAGAGCCCCUUCCCGAGGGAAUUGCGUGACCGGUUUAGGAGGCAUGAGAAGAGGAGGAGCGCCGCCCUCGAGAAAGACGGCAGGAUCCUGGCCAAGAUCCCGGAGGGCCGGGACAAAAACAUCACCAUUAAGGAGUGCACCAAGGAGGAGGAUCUCUACACCCUCGGGUUCAGGCGGUAUCGCUUUCUGGGGGAGACAGAUGAGAAGUUCCCGGCAUUCGAGGGAGCCUCCGGAGGUAGUGGCUGAGGGCACCCUUAUUUUAUGUCUUAGCAGAUAGUCCCUAUGCUUGUUCGUUUCUUUUUUGUGCUAUCUGUUAGUGACCCCUCGAUCUUAACCCCAUAUUGUUUUUGCAUGUGUCAAGAUGGAUCUCAACGCCUUCGCCAACCUCAAAAAACAGAAGGCGAAGGUGCCGGGCCAGAAGGAGCCCGCAAAGCAUAAGCCCCUCGGGGAGACGAAGAAAGGCGGUGAGCCCUCGGGGGAGGCCGCAAAACGAAAGGCCGCCGGUAAGGCCCCAGUCCCCGAGGGGAAGAAACAAAAGAAGGGGGACGCCGGGAAGAAGGCUCCCUUGGUGUUGGUGGUGGACGAGCAUUCUGCCUCGGAACCCAGUGCUCUGACUGCUCCUUGCCCGCCCUCGGGCAAAGGUGGCGAGGUAAGCUUGCCUCGGGAGGACAUACAGUUCUCCCUGCCGAAGGGGUCUGCCAUCACGCAUGGCACAGUGGACCCCCGGGAAUUUCUUGGCGGGGCUACACCCGCUCUAGACAGACGGGCCCUCGGGAAGCUGGAUGACGAAGCCCUCGAGUCCAAAAUCCUCCGGUCCUCUCUUACCGCUUGCAUAGCCCUCGGCGAACACGCCAGGAGAUUCGACGAAUGGCGCCUCCAGAGGGCGCAACAGGAAGAGUCCCUCAAGAAGCUCAUCCACGAUAACGCUGAGGCCAUGAGGCAGAUGGCUCAACUGGAGAGGGACCUCCAGCAGGCGAGGGCGGAAGCAAAGAGAGCCUCCCGGGAGAGGGUGGAGAUGGAGAAGGCGGCUGCCGAGGCUGCAAAGAAGGCCCUUGAAGAUGCCGAGGCCGCCAAAGCAGAGGCCGCCGUUGCUGCAGUUGCUGGCUUCAUGACCGAGGGCUGGAAGGCCGAAGGCCAUAAAGACUGGGUGGCCUCGGUCAUGGAGAGUUCUGCCGAGGGGUGGGUGAAGGGCCCCGGGGCGAUGUGGCUAGCCCGAAAGGGCGAAGAUUACUACGCCGGGGGGGAGUUCUUCACCCAGGCCCUGAUCUACAGGAGGCUCGCCCGGCACUUGAAGAUAGAGCCAACGGCCUUCAACCCGGCGGCGUACGGUCUCCCCCCCCCUCCAGCCUGAUAUCAGAGUCCCCCUCCCCGAGGGCGUCGAGAGGCCGGAACUGGAGGAUUCGGAACUCCUGAAAGAGGCCGAGGGCGAUGAAGCAGAGGCUGAUGCGGAGGUCAUCUCGAAGCCUGCGGAAGAAGCGGCCCUCGGGAAUGACGUUGUUUGAUGUGUAAUUUGUACUCAGUAUUUUGAACUCUUUGUAAUAGCCACAUUAGCAUGUUUUCGGCCUCGGCCACCAUUGUAAUAACUACAUUUACUCUUUGUUGUGAUGAAUGAAUGAUUGCCUUCGGGCUUUGUAUAUAUGGCUUGUUUUCCUUAAUUCAUUUCUUCUUGAAUGUAUGACUUCGUCUCGUUUUGGAUGUAUGCCUUUGCUCCUUUGAAUGUAUGUUUUAGGACUUAGAAUAUUUUCUGAUUGUAGCUUACCCUUGGAAGCCUUCGGUAGUUGGGCACCCUCUGCUGGAUAUACAACCGAGGGUUCAACAAUAAUUAGGACUUAGAAAAUUUUUCUAAGUGUAACACGCCAUAGGGCCUUCGGGUGUUUGUAGUUCAAUUGCUGUGUGGUGAUUAGGUUGAGAACCCAAUUCCUAGGACUUAGAAAAAUUUCCAGGUGUAGUUUUUGCCCUCGGAUGCCCUUGGCUGGUAGCCUCCUUCCUGAUGCGUGAAUAUUGGACCGAGGGCCCAAUGUACAGGACUUAGAAAUUUUUUGCAAGUGUAGUAUGUCAUGUAGCCUCCAGGUGCUGUGGAGUCCCAACUGAAAUGUUGAUUAGUCCGGGGGCCAAUUCUUUAGGACUUAGGAAAUUUUCCUCAAUGUUGAUUCCUUGUGCACUGUAGCCUUUGAUUGAUAGGUAGCCUUCGGCUAUUAGGUCCCUUGAGAUGAGGGUAAAAUAUGUAGGACUUGGAAAGAUUUCUAAGCGUGGAUUUUCCCUCGGGAGCCUUCGGGAGAUGGCAUCCCUUCUUGAUGCCCAGCCUUCGACUGUCAUAUUCAUUUAGCUGUAAUAUUGAUUGGGCCGGGGCCCAUCUUUAGGACUUAGAUUUUUUUUAAAUGUUGUUGUAUUGCGUAGCCUUCGGCUACCAUAUUCCCUUGGCUGCAAUAUUGAUUGGGCCGGGGGCCCAAUCCUUAGGACUUAGAAUUUUCUCCAAGUGCUGCUUCCUUGUGUCGCCUUCGGGUGAUAGGUGCCCUCUGACUCUACAUCACUUUGCGAGAUGCCCGGGGGCUACUCCUUUAGGACUUAGAAUAUUUUUUAAACGUAAAGUGAUGUCGAGCUUCCGGGUGUAGAGCCCUCCGGGUAUAUGAACAGGACCCUUCGGGUGAUCGUGGGCCCCUUGAGUUGUACGAGCAUUUGAUCGAGGGCCAAAUAUGUGGAACUUAGCAAAAUUUCACAGUGUGUCGUAGAUGUUGGACCUUCGGUCAGUGAGGAGUCUGUCCGAGGGGCAAAUAUUUUGGAAUAGUCCCCCUCGGUUGGCUUUUGAUGAUUUGUAAUAUAUGCCUUCGGUUGUCUGGUGAUAUAUUAGCCUCCGGUUGCCGUCAUUUUCCAAAAGUGUGGACUUAGGAAAAGUGUGGAAUCCUGUUGUUGUGAAGAAAGCCAAUGAUGAGUGUGUGCCCUCGGCAUACACUCUGAAAAGUUGUAGAGUUUGACUUAGCCAGUUGUGUCCCUUGUAAUGGGGUAGGGGCCCUCGGUAUUAGUGCAUGACAGGUGCCUUCGGCGUUUGAAGUACCGUUUAGUGGACCUUGGAUAGUCCAGUCCCUUUGUAUUGUUGAAGCCUUCGGUGAUCGUGUGACCGGAGGUGACCAGGCAGUGGACUUUAGCCGUUUCUUGAUGAUAUUUGUUUGAGUAGUAUCCUUCGGGAAAUAGGAGCCUUCAAUUACCGGAGGUGUUCCCAUGGGGAGCCCUCGACAUGUUGUGAUCUGCUGGAGUGCACUCUUUGAUUUCUCGCUGAGUCUACUCCCCUUCACCCCCCCCCCCCCCCCCCCCCCCUUUUUUUGUUGGUGGUGAAGGGAAGGCAUCAAGAAACUUGGUUUCUUGGUAAGGCUGAGCCUAUUAGGAGACCAUCAGAAUACACCAAUGGCUCUCCUCCCUCGGGUUAACCUUCCGAGUUCCGAGGGGAUCGAGGGUCGUUUCCUGGGCACAAGAUAUGGUGGUCCGUAACCUGCCUCCCCUUGGGGGAUGGCGCGGAAAACGCCUCAUUUUUGAAAGUCGUCCCCUCAGCGUUAGACAUAGUCCGUGGCCUACCACACCCUUGGGGUGGUGGCACGGGGAGCGUUUCGGUUUGGAAGUCGAAUCCUGGGCAUUUCUCGUGCCUGUCAUACCCUUGGGGUGAUGACGCGGAUAGCGUUCCGUUUUUGAAAGUCGAAUCCUGGGCAUUUCUCAUGCCUGUCAUACCCUGGGGGUAGUGACGCGGAAAGCGUUUCAAGGAAGGGUUUUCAUUUGCACACUAGUUGCAAAUGGCCGGGGGCACUACGUGCCGCCGGCACCGAUGGUGGUGCCUUCGGUAUAUGCGUCCUCGUGGGGUACAGCUUUAGAAACAACACUUGGUGUUAGCUUCGAUAUAUAGCCCUCGGUACUUGGUACCGAGGGGUCUUCUGUAGGAACACUUGGUGUUCUCCUUUGUUGUAGUUGAUGGAGGUGUCUACCCUCGGUACUUGGUACCGAAGGGUCUUCAAAUGAAACACUUGGUGUCUUGAUUGGAGUGUUUGGUGCUGGAGGGCCCUCGGAGGAAACAUUUGGUGUUUCCCAACAGAUGUUUGGAAGCUGAUAGGAGAGCAUAUCCCUGGCACUGGGUGCUGAGGGGUCUUCUUUGAAACAUUUGGUGUUUUUCUUCGUUUUGAUGUUGAUGAUGGAGGUGUACCCUCGGCACUGGGUGCCAAAGGGAAAUAAAACACACGGCGUUCCUUGCCGUUGGUGACGGGAGUCCCCACCCUCGGUACUUGGUACCGAGGGGGCUUGUUCGAAAACACGUGGUGUUCUCCUGCUGGUGUAGGUGUUGAUGGUGUCCGCCCUCGGCACUUGGUGCCGGAGGGGGUUCUUCUCGUGGUGAGGCCCGGGACCUGUAAUCAGUAUGAGGGCGUGGUGUCUUGAAUGUGUCUUCAUUCCUCAAAAGUGGAGGCCUUGGGCCAUAGGAUAGUACAUUCAUUAGUUAUGAGGGCUUGGCCGCUCUUACAUUAUUGGUAAAAUUUAACUAAAUGGUGUACAUUCCAGUGCCUAGGGACCUCUUUCCCGUUGGGGCGUUUGAGCUUGUAAGUCCCAGGUUCGAUGAUGGCUGCUAUGAUGUAGGGGCCUUCGAAUUUUGGUGCCAUUUUUCCUCCCUCGGUUGGUUGGCUGGCUUCCCUCCUCCGGAGGACAUAGUCCCCCACUUGGAAUUCUCUGGUGCGAACUUUGGCGUUGAUGUAGCUUUUGACUUGCCUUCGGUAAUUUUCCGCCCGGAUGAAGGCCUGCUCCCGGCGUUCUGAAAUGAGGUGGAGGUCGAGGGCCAUAUUGCUGUCGUUGACCUCGGGGUCAUAUUGGAUCACCCGUCGGGUGGGAAGGGUGACUUCCGUAGGAGCUUUGGCUUCAAAACCGUAGCAGAGGGAGAAGGGUGUUUCACCUGUUGCUCGCCGAGGGGUGGUGCGGUAGGCCCACAGGAUGUUGUGGAGUUCUUCCACCCAACCACCGCCCUCGGCCUCCAGCUUCUUUUUUAGGCCCUCGAGCAAGGUCCGGUUGGCAUUCUCUACUUGCCCGUUGCCUUGAGGGUAGGCAACGGAGGAGAAGGUGUGUUUGAUGCCCCAUGCCUCCAGAAGGGGGCUGCCUCAAAUUGCGUCCCAUUGUCGGAGAUGAUCUGCUGGGGGACGCCAAACCUUGUGAGGAUGUUCUUGAGGACAAAAUGACGGCACUUCGCCUCUGUGAUACUGGCGAGGGGCUCAGCCUCCACCCACUUGGUAAAGUAGUCGAUGGCCACAAUGAUGUACCUGUUGUUGGAGGUACCCCUCGGCAGAGGGCCCACAAGGUCUAUCCCCCAUCGAGAAAAAGGGACAGACGUGCUGAUGGGGGCAUAGUUGACCGCUGGCCUGCCGGGGGCUUUCUGGAAAUGUUGACAUGCGGUGCACCUCCGGGCAAGGUCAGCACAAUCUCUGGCCAUGGUUGGCCAGAAGUAGCCCUGGAGAAUGAGCCAUUGGGACAUGGAGAAGGGUCCCUGGUGAGCUGAGCAAGUGCCACUGUGCACUUCCUCCAUUGCGACCUCGGCCUCAUCUUGAUGAAGGCACCGAAGUAGCGUGCCAUUGUAAGAUCGUUUGUAGAGCCUUCCAUCUUCGAUGGUGUAGCUAGGAGCCCUCAGCUUCGCUAGUUUAGCGCGGGUCUCAUUCUCGGGUAGCUGCCCUGUGGAGAUGAAGACGAUGAUAUCUGAGAUCCAAUCCUCUUGGCGUUGUUGUAUGUUCAUAACGGGGCUUGCAUGGAUACUUGAGAGGCUGAGUUCCUCAAUUUUGGCAAUUUUGGAGAUGUGCUCGGGGGAGUCGGCCGAGAGUUUAGAUAAUAUGUCGGCCUCGGAGUUCUGGGCCCUCGGUAUUUGAGUGAGAGAGUGUGUCUCAAAUACCUUGAGCAACUCCUUGGCCGCUUCCUUGUAUUGUUUCAUUCUUCCCUCCGUGGCCUCAUAUUCCUCGGAGAUUUUGCCAACGACCAACUUGGAGUCGCAUUUGAUGUGGAUCUGCCGAGCCCUCAUGUUGGCAGCCAGCCGAAGGCCACAUAGGAGGGCCUCAUAUUCGGCCUCGUUGUUGGAGACUUUGAAGGAGAAGCGGAUUGCAUGGUAGGCUCUGAAGCCCUCGGGAGUAAUGAGGACUACCCCUCCCCCGCAUGCUUUGGUCGCGGAGGAGCCGUCGGUGUAGAGGGUCCACCAGUCGUCCGAGGUAGCCGAGGGCUCCCCGUCCGUGGCUGCCCUUGCGGUACAUUCCGUCACGAAGUCCGCCAGGGCUUGGCCCUUGAUGGCAGGCCUUGGACGGAUGUCAAUGUUGUACUACUGGCUCAAGAAGAUAGCCCACUUCACCAUGCGGGAGGAGCUGGUGGGGCUCCUCAUGAGGGCGCCGAGGGGUUGAUGAGUGAGGACCUGAACCGGGUGAGCCUGAAAGUAGUGGCCCAACUUCUUGACAGUCCAAACGAUGGCUAACACCGUUUUUUCCAUAGGGGAGUACCUCAGCUCGGCCUCCCUUAGGGUCUUGCUAACGUAGAAGAUGGCAUGUUGGAUGCCGUCCUCCUCCCGAAUGAGCACAGAGCUGAUGGCCGCCGGGCUGACCCCAAGGUAGAGGUAGAGGGUCUCUCCUACCUUGGGUUUGGAGAGCACAGGGGGUGAAGACAGAUAUCGCUUGAGUUCGUCGAAAGCCCCCUGGCAUUCUGAAGUCCAUUGAAAACCAGCCGUCUUCCUCAUGAUUUGGAAGAAGGGUAAAGACUUCUCCGCUGAUUUAGAUAGAAAGCGGUUGAGGGCUGCCAGGCGGCCCGUCAACCGUUGAACCUCCUUCACAUUGCGUGGGGGUUCCAUGUCGAUGAUGGCCUGGAUCUUCUCGGGAUUGGCCUCAAUACCCCUUCGGCUCACCAUGUAGCCCAAGAAUUUGCCCCCUUGGACGCCGAAGGUGCACUUCUUCGGGUUUAGCCGAAGGUUGAACUUCUGCAUGAUGGCGAAGAUUUCCCGGAGGUCGUCAGCAUGGCUGGAAGAUUGCUUGCUCUUGACGAUCAUGUCGUCAACAUAGGCCUCCAUGGUGCGCCCUAGGACGGCCUGAAAGACUCGGGCCACCAUCCGGGUGUAGGUGGCCCCCGAGUUCUUUAGGCCGAAGGCCAUGACUAGGUAGCAGAAGAUGCCCUCGGGAGUCAUGAAGGCAGUUUUUUCGGCGUCUUCCUCGUGCAUGAAAAUUUGGUGAUACCCUCGGAAGGCAUCGAGGAAGGACAUGAUCUCACACCCUACGGUCUCAUCCACCAGUUGAUCAAUAUUUGGUAGAGGGAACGGAUCCAUAGGGCAUGCUUUGUUGAGAUCAGUGUAGUCCACGCACAUGCGGAAGGUAGGGGGCUUCUGUGCGAGGACUACAUUUGCUAGCCAUGAGGGAUAUUUCACCUCCUUGAUGUGCCUAAUGGAGAGGAGCAUGACGACCUCUUUCUUCACAAAACCCUCCUCUCGGCGGAGAGGGGUCUUCUUCGUUGUUGCAUUGCUUUUGCCGAGGGGUCCACCGAGAGGCGGUGGGUGAUGACCCUUCGGCUAAUUCCCGGCAUGUCCUCCGGCCCCCAUGCAAAGACGGUGGAGUAGGCGCGGAGGGCGUCGGUGAUACCGGUCUUCAGAUCUUUAGGGAGCUGGGCUCCAAUCUUCACGACUCUCUCCGGCUGGGCCGGAUCGAGCGCAAUGUCUUCUACGUCCUCGGCCGGUUCAGCCCUCGGCCUUUUUUCUUCUUGGUCGAUGGUUCCGGUGAUGGUGUCAACACAGAAUUCCGUCUUACUUACCUUCUUAGUGACUUGAAGAUAGCAGGCGCGGGCGAUUUUCUGAUUCCCCCGGGAGUAGCCAAUGCCCCCCUCGGCGGGGAACUUGAGGCAGAGGUGCCUCAUGGAGAUGAUGGCCUCGAGGUCCUCCAGGGCUGGCCGGCCGAGGAUAAUGUUGUGGGCGCAGUCGAUGUUAACGACGACGAACUCCACUUCGAGCUAGGCCCUAUGGAGCCCGUCGCCGAAAAUCACCGGGAGGGUUAUUACCCCCUCGGAAUCAAUAGUGUCGCCGGUGAAGCCGGCAAGAGGGAUCUUAAUGGGCCGAAGGGACCCCCUCUCCAGAUGGAGCUCUCUGAAGGUGCUGAGGUACAUUACAUUGACGGAGCUGCCCGUGUCAAUGUAAGUUCGGUGAAUGAUGGUGUCGCUUAUUUCAGUCCGAAUCACCAAGGCAUCCCUGUGAGGAGAAGAAGUAGGAGGGAGAUAUGCGUUGGUGAAGGUGAUGGGUUCCUCCCUCAGUCGCUUUACCGGGGGCAUAUGAGUGACUUCCCCCACGUAAAGCGAUUGAGCCCACUUCUUUCGCUGGCUGGUGGAAUCGCCCCCUGUAUUGCCACCAGUGAUCAUGAGGAUGUGGCGUUUUUUCUCCUGGUAGUGGGGGUACUCCUCCUCUUCUUCUUCCAAGUUUCCGAUCUCCCUCUUCUUGCCGAGGGGGAUGGUGUUCGGGUUUACCCAAGCGUUUACCUUCGUGUGGUGCCCUUGGGGAGGUCCCUGAUGAGAAGGCCCCUCCUGCCGAGGGCUCUGAACGAAUUGGGACAGGUGCCCCGCUUGUAUCAACCUCUCGAUGGCCGUCUUUAGCUGAUGGCAGUCAUCGGUUCUGUGCCCCUGGUGCCGAUGGAAGCGACAAUAUGGGAACUGAGGGUUGAUAGCAUGUACCUCCGGGGGUGCGCGGGAAUCGCGCUCAACGAGGCCCCUCUCCUCGGCAAAAUCAAGGAUGAUGCUGACGGGGUGCGUCGAUGGCGUCCGGGGCGGUCCAGGAGAAUGGGCUGUGCCCAAGUCUUAGGGCUGCUCUUAUAACCUCCCCCGGGCUUGGCUUGGCCUUGCCGAGGGCGGUCAUCAGAGGGUCCUGAAGGUUUGGGGUGAUUCGGAGGAGCCCCCGGCCCUCGGUUGUUUUUGUUGUCAGCCCUCGGGGGCUGCUGGUCCGGAUGCUGGUGAUAUAUUUCCACCUCCUCGGCCUCAGCAUAUCGGUCCCCCCGCUGCAAAGCCCUUAUGUAGUCGCGGGGGGGUUCAAUGAUGAGGCUCCUUGAAAAGUUGCCGGUGCGGAGGACGGUUUGUAGGAGGGCCAGGAGGGUCCCGUCAUCAGCACCGUCGACUUUGUCGGCUUCGGUCCUCCAGCACUCCAGGAAGUCCCGAAGGGUCUCAUCCCUCUUUUGGCGUAUUGUUAGGAGGUGGGAGAAGUGCUUCCUUGUGCGACGCCUCCCGGCAAAUUGUGUCAAGAAUCGCUGGGCGAGUUCUUGCCAUGAAUCAAUGCAGCCCUCGAGCAGCCUGUUGAACCAUUCGUAUGCCGGCCCCUCUAAGGUGGAGAGGAACCAACGACACAAAUAUUCGUCUGACGCCCCUACCAUCAUCAUGCUGUUCUGGUAUUUGCUGUAGUGUUCUUGGGGGUCCGUUUUCCCGUUGUAGGGCUGUAUGUGUUGCCCUCGGUAUUUUUCCGGGAUCCGGGCUGCCAAUACCCUUGAGGUAAAUGGCGUCCGAGCCCGGAGCUGGAUGACGGGUUCUCCGGAGCCCUCGGCCACCUUCUUCUGUAAUUCCUCCAUUUUGGCCAUCAUGGCCUCGUAUUUGAGGUCUGAGUGAGGGGUGGAGGUGGUGGCGUGAGUUUUGUUGGACUCCAUUUCGUCAAGCCGGCGUUGGAGGGCCGCAAUAAUCUCGUCCCGGGGAUCCUUCGGGAGGGUCUCCGCCCCCUGCGAACGAACCCGGGCCGAGUGGGCCUGGUUGAUCUGGUGGCGAGCAUCAUUGGCAUGAAGGGGUGCCUUGCCUUUGUCCCGAGGGGGACGCUCCUCGUCUGCCCUCGAGACAGACCCUCCGCUUUCCUGGGGCCUUUGGAGUGCUUUCCCUCCGAGGCGGUCUUGGACCCCUCGGCGGUCUGGCCCUCCUCCGAGCCGGUUGAGGGCGGAAGUGUGGGGCCUUUCUCUGUCGUCAUGUUGGUGGUGGACGAGCAUUCUGCCUCGGAACCCAGUGCUCUGACUGCUCCUUGCCCGCCCUCGGGCAAAGGUGGCGAGGUAAGCUUGCCUCGGGAGGACAUACAGUUCUCCCUGCCGAAGGGGUCUGCCAUCACGCAUGGCACAGUGGACCCCCGGGAAUUUCUUGGCGGGGCUACACCCGCUCUAGACAGACGGGCCCUCGGGAAGCUGGAUGACGAAGCCCUCGAGUCCAAAAUCCUCCGGUCCUCUCUUACCGUAAGUUCUCCUCCUUCCUCUCUUCUCCUUUCUUUUUCAUUAGCCUCGUGGCCCAUGACUUUAUCUGUUUGUGUGAUCACAACUUUGUUGUUUGUCUAAACAGGCUUGCAUAGCCCUCGGCGAACACGCCAGGAGAUUCGACGAAUGGCGCCUCCAGAGGGCGCAACAGGAAGAGUCCCUCAAGAAGCUCAUCCACGAUAACGCUGAGGCCAUGAGGCAGAUGGCUCAACUGGAGAGGGACCUCCAGCAGGCGAGGGCGGAAGCAGAGAGAGCCUCCCGGGAGAGGGUGGAGAUGGAGAAGGCGGCUGCCGAGGCUGCGAAGAAGGCCCUUGAAGAUGCCGAGGCCGCCAAAGCAGAGGCCGCCGUUGCUGCAGUUGCUGGCUUCAUGACCGAGGGCUGGAAGGCCGAAGGCCAUAAAGACUGGGUGGCCUCGGUCAUGGAGAGUUCUGCCGAGGGGUGGGUGAAGGGCCCCGGGGCGAUGUGGCUAGCCCGAAAGGGCGAAGAUUACUACGCCGGGGGGGAGUUCUUCACCCAGGCCCUGAUCUACAGGAGGCUCGCCCGGCACUUGAAGAUAGAGCCAACGGCCUUCAACCCGGCGGCGUACGGUCUCCCCCCCCUCCAGCCUGAUAUCAGAGUCCCCCUCCCCGAGGGCGUCGAGAGGCCGGAACUGGAGGAUUCGGAACUCCUGAAAGAGGCCGAGGGCGAUGAAGCAGAGGCUGAUGCGGAGGUCAUCUCGAAGCCUGCGGAAGAAGCGGCCCCCGGGAAUGACGUUGUUUGAUGUGUAAUUUGUACUCAGUAUUUUGAACUCUUUGUAAUAGCCACAUUAGCAUGUUUUCGGCCUCGGCCACCAUUGUAAUAACUACAUUUACUCUUUGUUGUGAUGAAUGAAUGAUUGCCUUCGGGCUUUGUAUAUAUGGCUUGUUUUCCUUAAUUCAUUUCUUCUUGAAUGUAUGACUUCGUCUCGUUUUGGAUGUAUGCCUUUGCUCCUUUGAAUGUAUGUUUUAGGACUUAGAAUAUUUUCUGAUUGUAGCUUACCCUUGGAAGCCUUCGGUAGUUGGGCACCCUCUGCUGGAUAUACAACCGAGGGUUCAGCAAUAAUUAGGACUUAGAAAAUUUUUCUAAGUGUAACACGCCAUAGGGCCUUCGGGUGUUUGUAGUUCAAUUGCUGUGUGGUGAUUAGGUUGAGAACCCAAUUCCUAGGACUUAGAAAAAUUUCCAGGUGUAGUUUUUGCCCUCGGAUGCCCUUGGCUGGUAGCCUCCUUCCUGAUGCGUGAAUAUUGGACCGAGGGCCCAAUGUACAGGACUUAGAAAUUUUUUGCAAGUGUAGUAUGUCAUGUAGCCUCCAGGUGCUGUGGAGUCCCAACUGAAAUGUUGAUUAGUCCGGGGGCCAAUUCUUUAGGACUUAGGAAAUUUUCCUCAGUGUUGAUUCCUUGUGCACUGUAGCCUUUGAUUGAUAGGUAGCCUUCGGCUAUUAGGUCCCUUGAGAUGAGGGUAAAAUAUGUAGGACUUGGAAAGAUUUCUAAGCGUGGAUUUUCCCUCGGGAGCCUUCGGGAGAUGGCAUCCCUUCUUGAUGCCCAGCCUUCGACUGUCAUAUUCAUUUAGCUGUAAUAUUGAUUGGGCCGGGGCCCAUCUUUAGGACUUAGAUUUUUUUUAAAUGUUGUUGUAUUGCGUAGCCUUCGGCUACCAUAUUCCCUUGGCUGCAAUAUUGAUUGGGCCGGGGGCCCAAUCCUUAGGACUUAGAAUUUUCUCCAAGUGCUGCUUCCUUGUGUCGCCUUCGGGUGAUAGGUGCCCUCUGACUCUACAUCACUUUGCGAGAUGCCCGGGGGCUACUCCUUUAGGACUUAGAAUAUUUUUUAAACGUAAAGUGAUGUCGAGCUUCCGGGUGUAGAGCCCUCCGGGUAUAUGAACAGGACCCUUCGGGUGAUCGUGGGCCCCUUGAGUUGUACGAGCAUUUGAUCGAGGGCCAAAUAUGUGGAACUUAGCAAAAUUUCACAGUGUGUCGUAGAUGUUGGACCUUCGGUCAGUGAGGAGUCUGUCCGAGGGGCAAAUAUUUUGGAAUAGUCCCCCUCGGUUGGCUUUUGAUGAUUUGUAAUAUAUGCCUUCGGUUGUCUGGUGAUAUAUUAGCCUCCGGUUGCCGUCAUUUUCCAAAAGUGUGGACUUAGGAAAAGUGUGGAAUCCUGUUGUUGUGAAGAAAGCCAAUGAUGAGUGUGUGCCCUCGGCAUACACUCUGAAAAGUUGUAGAGUUUGACUUAGCCAGUUGUGUCCCUUGUAAUGGGGUAGGGGCCCUCGGUAUUAGUGCAUGACAGGUGCCUUCGGCGUUUGAAGUACCGUUUAGUGGACCUUGGAUAGUCCAGUCCCUUUGUAUUGUUGAAGCCUUCGGUGAUCGUGUGACCGGAGGUGACCAGGCAGUGGACUUUAGCCGUUUCUUGAUGAUAUUUGUUUGAGUAGUAUCCUUCGGGAAAUAGGAGCCUUCAAUUACCGGAGGUGUUCCCGUGGGGAGCCCUCGACAUGUUGUGAUCUGCUGGAGUGCACUCUUUGAUUUCUCGCUGAGUCUACUCCCCUUCACCCCCCCCCCCCCCCCCUUUUUUGUUGGUGGUGAAGGGAAGGCAUCAAGAAACUUGGUUUCUUGGUAAGGCUGAGCCUAUUAGGAGACCAUCAGAAUACACCAAUGGCUCUCCUCCCUCGGGUUAACCUUCCGAGUUCCGAGGGGAUCGAGGGUCGUUUCCUGGGCACAAGAUAUGGUGGUCCGUAACCUGCCUCCCCUUGGGGGAUGGCGCGGAAAACGCCUCAUUUUUGAAAGUCGUCCCCUCAGCGUUAGACAUAGUCCGUGGCCUACCACACCCUUGGGGUGGUGGCACGGGGAGCGUUUCGGUUUGGAAGUCGAAUCCUGGGCAUUUCUCGUGCCUGUCAUACCCUUGGGGUGAUGACGCGGAUAGCGUUCCGUUUUUGAAAGUCGAAUCCUGGGCAUUUCUCAUGCCUGUCAUACCCUGGGGGUAGUGACGCGGAAAGCGUUUCAAGGAAGGGUUUUCAUUUGCACACUAGUUGCAAAUGGCCGGGGGCACUACGUGCCGCCGGCACCGAUGGUGGUGCCUUCGGUAUAUGCGUCCUCGUGGGGUACAGCUUUAGAAACAACACUUGGUGUUAGCUUCGAUAUAUAGCCCUCGGUACUUGGUACCGAGGGGUCUUCUGUAGGAACACUUGGUGUUCUCCUUUGUUGUAGUUGAUGGAGGUGUCUACCCUCGGUACUUGGUACCGAAGGGUCUUCAAAUGAAACACUUGGUGUCUUGAUUGGAGUGUUUGGUGCUGGAGGGCCCUCGGAGGAAACAUUUGGUGUUUCCCAACAGAUGUUUGGAAGCUGAUAGGAGAGCAUAUCCCUGGCACUGGGUGCUGAGGGGUCUUCUUUGAAACAUUUGGUGUUUUUCUUCGUUUUGAUGUUGAUGAUGGAGGUGUACCCUCGGCACUGGGUGCCAAAGGGAAAUAAAACACACGGCGUUCCUUGCCGUUGGUGACGGGAGUCCCCACCCUCGGUACUUGGUACCGAGGGGGCUUGUUCGAAAACACGUGGUGUUCUCCUGCUGGUGUAGGUGUUGAUGGUGUCCGCCCUCGGCACUUGGUGCCGGAGGGGGUUCUUCUCGUGGUGAGGCCCGGGACCUGUAAUCAGUAUGAGGGCGUGGUGUCUUGAAUGUGUCUUCAUUCCUCAAAAGUGGAGGCCUUGGGCCAUAGGAUAGUACAUUCAUUAGUUAUGAGGGCUUGGCCGCUCUUACAUUAUUGGUAAAAUUUAACUAAAUGGUGUACAUUCCAGUGCCUAGGGACCUCUUUCCCGUUGGGGCGUUUGAGCUUGUAAGUCCCAGGUUCGAUGAUGGCUGCUAUGAUGUAGGGGCCUUCGAAUUUUGGUGCCAUUUUUCCUCCCUCGGUUGGUUGGCUGGCUUCCCUCCUCCGGAGGACAUAGUCCCCCACUUGGAAUUCUCUGGUGCGAACUUUGGCGUUGAUGUAGCUUUUGACUUGCCUUCGGUAAUUUUCCGCCCGGAUGAAGGCCUGCUCCCGGCGUUCUGAAAUGAGGUGGAGGUCGAGGGCCAUAUUGCUGUCGUUGACCUCGGGGUCAUAUUGGAUCACCCGUCGGGUGGGAAGGGUGACUUCCGUAGGAGCUUUGGCUUCAAAACCGUAGCAGAGGGAGAAGGGUGUUUCACCUGUUGCUCGCCGAGGGGUGGUGCGGUAGGCCCACAGGAUGUUGUGGAGUUCUUCCACCCAACCACCGCCCUCGGCCUCCAGCUUCUUUUUUAGGCCCUCGAGCAAGGUCCGGUUGGCAUUCUCUACUUGCCCGUUGCCUUGAGGGUAGGCAACGGAGGAGAAGGUGUGUUUGAUGCCCCAUGCCUCCAGAAGGGCACAGAAGGGGGCUGCCUCAAAUUGCGUCCCAUUGUCGGAGAUGAUCUGCUGGGGGACGCCAAACCUUGUGAGGAUGUUCUUGAGGACAAAAUGACGGCACUUCGCCUCUGUGAUACUGGCGAGGGGCUCAGCCUCCACCCACUUGGUAAAGUAGUCGAUGGCCACAAUGAUGUACCUGUUGUUGGAGGUACCCCUCGGCAGAGGGCCCACAAGGUCUAUCCCCCAUCGAGAAAAAGGGACAGACGUGCUGAUGGGGGCAUAGUUGACCGCUGGCCUGCCGGGGGCUUUCUGGAAAUGUUGACAUGCGGUGCACCUCCGGGCAAGGUCAGCACAAUCUCUGGCCAUGGUUGGCCAGAAGUAGCCCUGGAGAAUGAGCCAUUGGGACAUGGAGAAGGGUCCCUGGUGAGCUGAGCAAGUGCCACUGUGCACUUCCUCCAUUGCGACCUCGGCCUCAUCUUGAUGAAGGCACCGAAGUAGCGUGCCAUUGUAAGAUCGUUUGUAGAGCCUUCCAUCUUCGAUGGUGUAGCUAGGAGCCCUCAGCUUCGCUAGUUUAGCGCGGGUCUCAUUCUCGGGUAGCUGCCCUGUGGAGAUGAAGACGAUGAUAUCUGAGAUCCAAUCCUCUUGGCGUUGUUGUAUGUUCAUAACGGGGCUUGCAUGGAUACUUGAGAGGCUGAGUUCCUCAAUUUUGGCAAUUUUGGAGAUGUGCUCGGGGGAGUCGGCCGAGAGUUUAGAUAAUAUGUCGGCCUCGGAGUUCUGGGCCCUCGGUAUUUGAGUGAGAGAGUGUGUCUCAAAUACCUUGAGCAACUCCUUGGCCGCUUCCUUGUAUUGUUUCAUUCUUCCCUCCGUGGCCUCAUAUUCCUCGGAGAUUUGGCCAACGACCAACUUGGAGUCGCAUUUGAUGUGGAUCUGCCGAGCCCUCAUGUUGGCAGCCAGCCGAAGGCCACAUAGGAGGGCCUCAUAUUCGGCCUCGUUGUUGGAGACUUUGAAGGAGAAGCGGAUUGCAUGGUAGGCUCUGAAGCCCUCGGGAGUAAUGAGGACUACCCCUCCCCCGCAUGCUUUGGUCGCGGAGGAGCCGUCGGUGUAGAGGGUUCACCAUUCGUCCGAGGUAGCCGAGGGCUCCCCGUCCGUGGCUGCCCUUGCGGUACAUUCCGUCACGAAGUCCGCCAGGGCUUGGCCCUUGAUGGCAGGCCUUGGACGGAUGUCAAUGUUGUACUACUGGCUAAAGAAGAUAGCCCACUUCACCAUGCGGGAGGAGCUGGUGGGGCUCCUCAUGAGGGCGCCGAGGGGUUGAUGAGUGAGGACCUGAACCGGGUGAGCCUGAAAGUAGUGGCCCAACUUCUUGACAGUCCAAACGAUGGCUAACACCGUUUUUUCCAUAGGGGAGUACCUCAGCUCGGCCUCCCUUAGGGUCUUGCUAACGUAGAAGAUGGCAUGUUGGAUGCCGUCCUCCUCCCGAAUGAGCACAGAGCUGAUGGCCGCCGGGCUGACCCCAAGGUAGAGGUAGAGGGUCUCUCCUACCUUGGGUUUGGAGAGCACAGGGGGUGAAGACAGAUAUCGCUUGAGUUCGUCGAAAGCCCCCUGGCAUUCUGAAGUCCAUUGAAAACCAGCCGUCUUCCUCAUGAUUUGGAAGAAGGGUAAAGACUUCUCCGCUGAUUUAGAUAGAAAGCGGUUGAGGGCUGCCAGGCGGCCCGUCAACCGUUGAACCUCCUUCACAUUUCGUGGGGGUUCCAUGUCGAUGAUGGCCUGGAUCUUCUCGGGAUUGGCCUCAAUACCCCUUCGGCUCACCAUGUAGCCCAAGAAUUUGCCCCCUUGGACGCCGAAGGUGCACUUCUUCGGGUUUAGCCGAAGGUUGAACUUCUGCAUGAUGGCGAAGAUUUCCCGGAGGUCGUCAGCAUGGCUGGAAGAUUGCUUGCUCUUGACGAUCAUGUCGUCAACAUAGGCCUCCAUGGUGCGCCCUAGGACGGCCUGAAAGACUCGGGCCACCAUCCGGGUGUAGGUGGCCCCCAAGUUCUUUAGGCCGAAGGCCAUGACUAGGUAGCAGAAGAUGCCCUCGGGAGUCAUGAAGGCAGUUUUUUCGGCGUCUUCCUCGUGCAUGAAAAUUUGGUGAUACCCUCGGAAGGCAUCGAGGAAGGACAUGAUCUCACACCCUACGGUCUCAUCCACCAGUUGAUCAAUAUUUGGUAGAGGGAACGGAUCCAUAGGGCAUGCUUUGUUGAGAUCAGUGUAGUCCACGCACAUGCGGAAGGUAGGGGGCUUCUGUGCGAGGACUACAUUUGCUAGCCAUGAGGGAUAUUUCACCUCCUUGAUGUGCCUAAUGGAGAGGAGCAUGACGACCUCCUUCUUCACAAAUUCCCUCCUCUCGGCGGAGAGGGGUCUUCUUCGUUGUUGCAUUGCUUUUGCCGAGGGGUCCACCGAGAGGCGGUGGGUGAUGACCCUUCGGCUAAUUCCCGGCAUGUCCUCCGGCCCCCAUGCAAAGACGGUGGAGUAGGCGCGGAGGGCGUCGGUGAUACCGGUCUUCAGAUCUUCAGGGAGCUGGGCUCCAAUCUUCACGACUCUCUCCGGCUGGGCCGGAUCGAGCGCAAAGUCUUCUACGUCCUCGGCCGGUUCAGCCCUCGGCAUUUUUUCUUCUUGGUCGAUGGUUCCGGUGAUGGUGUCAACACAGAAUUCCGUCUUACUUACCUUCUUAGUGACUUGAAGAUAGCAGGCGCGGGCGAUUUUCUGAUUCCCCCGGGAGUAGCCAAUGCCCCCCUCGGCGGGGAACUUGAGGCAGAGGUGCCUCAUGGAGAUGAUGGCCUCGAGGUCCUCCAGGGCUGGCCGGCCGAGGAUAAUGUUGUGGGCGCAGUCGAUGUUAACGACGACGAACUCCACUUCGAGCUGGGCCCUAUGGAGCCCGUCGCCGAAAAUCACCGGGAGGGUUAUUACCCCCUCGGAAUCAAUAGUGUCGCCGGUGAAGCCGGCAAGAGGGGUCUUAAUGGGCCGAAGGGACCCCCUCUCCAGAUGGAGCUCUCUGAAGGUGCUGAGGUACAUUACAUUGACGGAGCUGCCCGUGUCAAUGUAAGUUCGGUGAAUGAUGGUGUCGCUUAUUUCAGUCCGAAUCACCAAGGCAUCCCUGUGAGGAGAAGAAGUAGGAGGGAGAUAUGUGUUGGUGAAGGUGAUGGGUUCCUCCCUCAGUCGCUUUACCGGGGGCAUAUGAGUGACUUCCCCCACGUAAAGCGAUUGAGCCCACUUCUUUCGCUGGUUGGUGGAAUCGCCCCCUGUAUUGCCACCGGUGAUCAUGAGGAUGUGGCGUUUUUUCUCCUGGUAGUGGGGGUACUCCCCCUCUUCUUCUUCCAAGUUUCCGAUCUCCCUCUUCUUGCCGAGGGGGAUGGUGUUCGGGUUUACCCAAGCGUUUACCUUCGUGUGGUGCCCUCGGGGAGGUCCCUGAUGAGAAGGCCCCUCCUGCCGAGGGCUCUGAACGAAUUGGGACAGGUGCCCCGCUUGUAUCAACCUCUCGAUGGCCGUCUUUAGCUGAUGGCAGUCAUCGGUUCUGUGCCCCUGGUGCCGAUGGAAGCGACAAUAUGGGAACUGAGGGUUGAUAGCAUGUACCUCCGGGGGUGCGCGGGAAUCGCGCUCAACGAGGCCCCUCUCCUCGGCAAAAUCAAGGAUGAUGCUGACGGGGUGCGUCAAUGGCGUCCGGGGGCGGUCCAGGAGAAUGGGCUGUGCCCAAGUCUUAGGGCUGCUCUUAUAACCUCCCCCGGGCUUGGCUUGGCCUUGCCGAGGGCGGUCAUCAGAGGGUCCUGAAGGUUUGGGGUGAUUCGGAGGAGCCCCCGGCCCUCGGUUGUUUUUGUUGUCAGCCCUCGAGGGCUGCUGGUCCGGAUGCUGGUGAUAUUUUUCCACCUCCUCGGCCUCAGCAUAUCGGUCCCCCCGCUGCAAAGCCCUUAUGUAGUCGCGGGGGGGUUCAAUGAUGAGGCUCCUUGAAAAGUUGCCGGUGCGGAGGACGGUUUGUAGGAGGGCCAGGAGGGUCCCGUCAUCAGCACCGUCGACUUUGUCGGCUUCGGUCCUCCAGCACUCCAGGAAGUCCCGAAGGGUCUCAUCCCUCUUUUGGCGUAUUGUUAGGAGGUGGGAGAAGUGCUUCCUUGUGCGAUGCCUCCCGGCAAAUUGUGUCAAGAAUCGCUGGGCGAGUUCUUGCCAUGAAUCAAUGCAGCCCUCGAGCAGCCUGUUGAACCAUUCGUAUGCCGGCCCCUCUAAGGUGGAGAGGAACCAACGACACAAAUAUUCGUCUGACGCCCCUACCAUCAUCAUGCUGUUCUGGUAUUUGCUGUAGUGUUCUUGGGGGUCCGUUUUCCCGUUGUAGGGCUGUAUGUGUUGCCCUCGGUAUUUUUCCGGGAUCCGGGCUGCCAAUACCCUUGAGGUAAAUGGCGUCCGAGCCCGGAGCUGGAUGACGGGUUCUCCGGAGCCCUCGGCCACCUUCUUCUGUAAUUCCUCCAUUUUGGCCAUCAUGGCCUCGUAUUUGAGGUCUGAGUGAGGGGUGGAGGUGGUGGCGUGAGCUUUGUUGGACUCCAUUUCGUCAAGCCGGCGUUGGAGGGCCACAAUAAUCUCGUCCCGGGGAUCCUUCGGGAGGGUCUCCGCCCCCUGCGAACGAACCCGGGCCGAGUGGGCCUGGUUGAUCUGGUGGCGAGCAUCAUUGGCAUGAAGGGGUGCCUUGCCUUUGUCCCGAGGGGGACGCUCCUCGUCUGCCCUCGAGACAGACCCUCCGCUUUCCUGGGGCCUUUGGAGUGUUUUCCCUCCGAGGCGGUUUUGGACCCCUCGGCGGUCUGGCCCUCCUCCGAGCCGGUUGAGGGCGGAAGUGUGGGGCCUUUCUCUGUCGUCAUGGUGGCGGUCCCGGGACUGAACUUCCUGGGAGGACGUAUCUUGGGCUGCUACCCCUUCGUCAUUCCUAACCCGAGGGAGGGGGUUGCCGAAGGGGUGUGGCAGAGGGGGAAGUAUGAUGUUCUCCCCAACCUGGGGUUGAGCCGGAGCCAGGGUGCCGAAGGCACCCGGGUUCUGAGUGAGCGUUUGGAUGAAGGCGGAGAGCGCCGAUUGCACGUUGAUGGUGAGAACCGGAGGGCUGACUUGGUCAUCGCUCCGGUUUUUCUUCUUGGCCUCGAUGCCGAGGCGGGCAUCUGGGGCAUUCUGUUGGAUCUGAAGGCGUAGGUCGACAGCCGCCUGUUCCAGCCCAGCGAUGACACCGCCCUCGGGAGCCCUGUGAGAGGCUUCGGGGGCGUUGACGUCGCCGAGGGCCAGGUUCUUGUCUUCUACGUUUUUGGAGUUGGCACGGGUAGUUCUCACCAUUUUGGUAGAGGGCUAGUGUUUGGCGAAGGGGGAGGGUUUCUUACUCGAUUGUUCGACCUCUCAACGAGAGCACCAAAUGAUGGAUAGUCUACCCGGGGGGUAUAUAUCCGAGGGGUUAUUGCUGGGAAUAACUUAGAGAGAAGUUAGAGCAAGUAAAUGUAGAGAGAGAGAGUGUAUUAUAAAUGUGGAGCGUUUUCAGCGUGGUUACAAAUGGGGAAAUGGGGUGCUAUUUAUAGUAGCAAUAAAUGUCGGGCAGGGACACGUGUCAAGCACCUAUUGGCCGAGGGGUCACCUCAACUGGUUGGCGUUGGCAGCCGCAUGUGGCCGCAUUUAAUGCGACUGUUGGAUGGGACGUCUGUACAGGGUACGGUGAUCUGUACGCAUGUGAGGCGGAUAUCAUGUCGGGAGAGGUGCCCUCGGCUGCAGAGGACUAGCCGAGGGCUCUUAGUGCCGAGGACCCCUGAGUGCCGAGGGCUCCAGGUGCCGAGGGCUACUGUUUUCGCCGUUUUCUCCCAGUUUCUUAGUUUGCCUGGAAAACCCAUUCUGUGAGAGUUUAGAGCCUUCGGCCAGGGGGCCGAGGGAACCCCUGGUGCGUAUUGCGGGCUGCUUGGUACUCUGGGCGCCGUGAUUUGGGCCUGUUGGGCCUUCAUUGGUGUAGUAGGAGUCUAUGGACCGGGUGUUCCCGGGCCAUAUACUCCAUCACUUUUCAAGUAAUACAUUUUCAGUUAAGUAUGAAUAGAUCCCCCUGAGGUACAACCAAUAUAAUUUUCAGGUAAUGAUAAUGAUAAUGAAAACAACAACAUAUGGUCUGAAAAUAACCUCACUGGUCCUCAUAAACACUUAGAGUGAUUUUGUGAACUAUUAUAAUUGAGCUCCACUGCUUUGUACUACCUCCGUCCCAUUAGAACUUAGAAGGUUCAUGUCCAAUAUUCAUAUGGUCAACUAAAAUCAUUUUUAAUCUUUUGUUUUAUAUAUCAAAAUUUUAUCACAUUUACUUUUUUAUCAGGCUUUGUAGCGGUUUUGACGUAGUUUCUGGAUAUGUAAAUUUUAUUUACUAAAAAUAAUCAGAGUGUGAACAUGGAUUAAGUUGCUUUAUCGUCAGUCAAACAUCGUAAACCGUUACGGGAACCUUCUAGCGGGAUGAGGGGAGCAGUAAACUUCAUAUAAAACCCGCUUACAUAAUUCUUACUCCCCCCGUCCCUUAAAACUUUGCCAUCUUUCCUUUUUGGGACGUCCCAAAAAACUUUGCCACUUUCCCUUUUAAUCAAUUAUUUUGUGGUUUCUGUUAUUUCUCUCUCCUCUGCACAAACCUCAACCACACAGUUUUUAUUUUAUUAUUCUCCGUGCCGGUCAACUUUGGCAAAGUUUUAUUUAUUAAUUCUUCUUCUUCUUCUUCUUCUUCAUCAUCAUCAUCAUCAUCAUCAUCAUCAUUAACUAUUAGCCCAAAAUAUAUAUAAGCUUUCUUUUCAUAUAGUGUCCUUCUGAAAUUCUUUUUCAGUCAAGAUUAUUGAACUCCACAAAAAUAUGAAAAGAAUACUACAGGUGUUGUCUAAAAUACUACUACCUCCGUCCCGUUGGAAGGUUCCCAUAGCAAAACGGUACAUUUAUUUAGGCAAUAAUUAAAUAAAGUACUUCGAGUACAUUUUGAGAAAUAAUUUUAGUAGGUAUAUAUUAUAAUGUAGUUAGUAUUGAUAACUGUGAUGUUAUAAAUUUAUUAUUUUUAAUAUUUAAUGAUUAAUUUGUCACUUAAGACUGUUAAUUGUUUCCUAAAAUGGAAAUGAGAACCUUCUAACGGGACGCCCAAAAAAGGAAAGUGAGAACCUUCUAAUGGGACGGAGGGAGUAAUUUUAAUGGCAAAGGUUUUGUUUGUGCUGCACAACUGUAUUUAGUGUGCUCUAGUUACUUUCAGAGUUCAAAUAUCCAUGUCAUUUCUAAAUUUGUUAUAGAAUCAAAUGUUAUUAUGAUCCGCGGUCUGAGGUCCGUAAUUGGAAUGAAUUAAUGGAAUCAUUUUCAUGAACUUUAUAAUAAACUUAUAUUAUUAGGUUAGUUAUGCAGCAGAAAAUUAAAAUUUACUUCACAUAUUCAUGCGGCGUAUGUUGUGUGUCCUAGCAGCUCUAAAGUUCACCGGUAGUGCAUGACACUUUUUCCAUACGGUUCUAUAAGUUGUUCUUAUUGCAGGAAUGCUCCAACAAUAAGCAGUAUAAAGCUGUUGGCUAGACAUGAUGCACUUAAUAGACAACAGAUCCUAAUUCUUAAGUACAUGUUGGAAUGUGAUUUAAAUAGCUUGUGUGUAAUAACCAUUACUCGAAUUUGUUAUAGGGCACACAUAGCACACAACUCACAUUUUGUCGCUUUCUUAUCGACUCUUAAAUGACUUUUACAUAUAGCGUACCUUUGGUUAUAAUCUUGAUAAGAAUGUGUUAUCAAAAUGGGUGCUGCUGCAGCUUAAUCUAAUAAAAGUGAGAUCGUAUAUGCA